AUGACACAGAAGAGUAGGAGAUUUGAGAUGGCGCUUAGAGGAGUAUGGCAACUCCAGAAGCUGGUUGUGAGCUACUGUAACUGGGGAGGUACAAGCCUUUACGGAAUCAGAAUUGCCUGCACUGAUAGAGAAAAAUCCGCAGCUGGAAGUGGUAACCGAGCUUGCAAGGGGGCAACAUCCUUACCUCAAGGGCAUAUCCAUUAUGGAAUAGAAAUGAGAGGGUGGUGUUUGAGUGUAAAAAACAUGGAUCCUGAACAAGUGCUUUUGAAUGCAAUGAGGAUGAGGAACUCUCUCUUAGAAGGAAAGUGGUGA